AUGCAACGUGGUUUCAACCGCCCAUACCAGCUCGGAAAUGGAAAAGGAUGUGAUCGUCCAAGUGAUGCUGAGGAGCUGGUAGUAGCAGUAGAACCAGGAGAUGUCAUUGUCACUGCAACAGAUGGAUUGCUUGACAACAUGCUCCAAACGGAGAUGGAAUAUAUCAUAAAGCACUCUGGAGAAGAGGAAGGGCCUCAGCAAUUGGCAUGGACUUUGGUGGCCAUCGCAUUUUACAAUUCGACAGACAAAAAUGCAGAUACACCCUUUGCAAGAGCUUCCAAGCAUGCAGGACACAACCAUAAAGGAGGCAAAAUUGAUGAUAUAACAGCUGUCGUGUCCUAUGUUUUUAGUGAGUUAGAUUGA